UCUCCAUCUCUAUCUCCAUCUUCGCCACGUCUCCUUCUCGCCUCUGUUUCCCCCUCUCAUAUAGACAAAGAACUCAAAGCAGAGAGAUAGGUCUCUCCGAGCUGUUUCGAUCUCCCCGGCGAAAGACCUCUGACGACGCUGAUCCCGCCGUUGUGAGGUUUGAAUCUAGUAAUACACAUAUAUAUAUUUAAACUUGUAAGCUUUCGAGAUAGUAAUUGGAACUGGGAGCUUCUUGCUUGGUGGUUUUACUGACUUGUUAAAAGCCAGAAAGCUUUGAGAAAUAUGUUGUCAAAAUCAUGUGCCAACCUUUUAGAAAUGGGGGCUGACGAUCUAAUAGACUUCAGUAUGUCUAUUAAAUCACUUCCUAGGGUAAUGACAACUCCAGGAAUAAUAAAUGACACAGAUGAAGGAGCAUGCACUGAUGAAGACUCUUGUACUACCACAUCACUAUUCUGUGAUCGUAAAAUCAUAGUAGCAAACUUCCUUCCACUAAACUCUAUGAAAGAUCAAACGACUGGAGAAUGGUGCUUCACAUGGGAUGAGGAUGCACUACUGCUACAACUGAAAGAUGGAUUUUCUUAUGAUACUGAAGUCAUAUAUGUUGGAUGUUUGAAGGCUGAUAUAGAUGUCCGUGAGCAAGAAGUAGUUUCUCAAAAGCUAUUGGAAGAAUAUGGGUGCAUGCCAACCUUCCUUUCUCCUGAUCUUUAUAAGAAGUAUUACCACGGGUUCUGCAAGAAGCAAUUAUGGCCUCUUUUCCAUUAUAUGCUUCCUAUUGGUCUUCAUAAGGGUGAUCUCUUUGACCAUUCUCUUUUUCAAGCCUAUGUUUCUGCAAAUAAAAAAUUUGCAGACAAGGUUUUGGAGGUAAUUAAUUCAGAUGAUGACUAUGUGUGGAUCCAUGAUUAUCACCUCAUGCUUCUUCCAACAUUCCUAAGAAAACGACUGAAUCGAAUCAAAAUUGGUUUCUUUCUUCACAGCCCCUUUCCCUCAUCCGAAAUCUAUCGGACGUUGCCUGUCAGAGAGGAAAUACUCAAGGCAUUGCUUAAUGCCGAUUUAAUUGGCUUCCAGACAUAUGAUUAUGCACGGCACUUCCUUUCUUGUUGUAGCAGGAUGUUAGGCCUGCAUUAUGAAUCCAAACGUGGUUAUAUAGGACUCGAAUAUUAUGGACGCAUAGUGAGCAUCAAGAUUCUCUCUGUCGGUGUUCAUAUAGGCCGGCUUCAUUCUGUACUGAAUCAUCCUCAUACAAUUUCAAAGGUCCAGGAGAUUGAGAAAAAAUUCAAGGGGAAGAAGUUGCUACUCGGUGUCGAUGACAUGGAUAUAUUUAAGGGCAUUAGCCUGAAGUUGCUUGCCUUCGAGCUUUUGUUGGAGAGAAGUCCCUAUUUAAGAGGAAAUAUUGUCCUUGUGCAGAUUGUAAACCCUGCAAGAAGCACAGGAAAGGAUGUGAAGGAAGCAAGAGAAGAAGCAAUAUCAAUAGCUGAAAGGAUUAACAAUUCUUAUGGUACUCCAGGCUAUGAUCCAGUGGUACUUAUUGACAAGCCUAUCCCUUUCUAUGAAAGAAUUGCUUACUAUGUGGCAGCAGAGUGUUGCAUUGUGAAUGCUGUGAGGGAUGGCAUGAACUUGGUUUCCUAUGAGUAUGUAGUUUGCAGGCAGGGAACGGAGGAGAUGGACAAGUGUAGGGGUGUCAAUGUGGGCGGUUCACACACAAGCACACUUAUUGUAUCUGAGUUUGUUGGUUGCUCUCCAUCACUUAGUGGAGCCUUUAGGGUCAAUCCCUGGAGUGUUGAGGAUGUGGCUGAUGCUCUUCAUCAAUCAAUUAUAUUGGGAGAAUCAGAGAGACAGUUGCGUCAUGAAAAACAUUAUCGUUAUGUCAGCACCCAUCAUGUUGCUUACUGGGCUCACAGCUUUUCUCAGGAUCUGAAGAGAGCAUGCAAAGACUACUACAGUCAGAGGUGCUGGGCUCUUGGAUUUGGCCUAAAUUUCCGUGUACUUUUCCUUUCACCUAAUUUUAGGAAAUUGACAUUCAAUCAUAUUGUAUCAUCCUACAAGAAUACCUACAGAAGAGCUAUAUUUUUGGACUAUGAUGGCACCAUUAUGCCUGAAUCAUCUGUCAACAAAACUCCAAGCCAAGAAACCAUAUCUAUCCUGAAUGGCCUGUGCAGCGAUCCAAAUAACACUGUGUUUAUUGUCAGUGGCAGAGGCAGGGAUUCUCUUAGUGAGUGGUUUUCCUCAUGUGAAAACCUUGGAAUUGCUGCUGAACAUGGCUAUUUCAUCAGGUGGAGAAAGGAUGUUGAGUGGGAGUCCAAUUCAGUUGUUGCUGAUUCUGAUUGGAUGAAGAUAGCGAAACCAGUUAUACAAUUAUAUACUGAUACCACAGAUGGUUCAUUUGUAGAAGUAAAGGAGAGUGCAAUUGUAUGGCAUCAUCAAUAUGCAGAUCAUGACUUUGGUCCCUGCCAAGCUAAAGAACUACUGGAUCAUCUUGAGAGUGUUCUGGCAAACGAGCCAGUGGUUGUUAAGCGGGGUCAACAUAUUGUUGAAGUAAAACCUCAGGGAGUUAGUAAAGGGCUGGUGGUGGAGAAGCUUCUUGGGACUCUGAGCAACCGUGGGAAGCCACCGGACUUUGUGAUGUGCAUUGGUGAUGACCGAUCUGAUGAGGACAUGUUUGAGAGCAUCAACAACACUGCUUCAAGCAAUCUAUUUCCAUCAGUUCCCGAAGUCUUUGCAUGUACAGUUGGUCAAAAGCCAAGCAAGGCCAAAUACUACGUUGAAGAUACCAGUGAAGUUCUAAGGUUAUUACGAGGUAUCACUGCUGUCUCAACUCAGAAUCAAAAGUUCACACACUAUCAGGUUUCAUUUGAAAGUUCGAGUUGAGGUCAAUUUUUGACUGUCUUUUUUGUUCAUAUGCUAGUCAUAGCACCUGUACAUCCUAAUGAGCUCUACAUGUUGAGUUCAAUCUGUUUUAGCAUACAUGUGAAUUCAUGCCUUCUUCAGCCUUCA